CGUCAAACCGCAGUAGUAAUUAGCGGCAAAGCAAUAGCCAAAGAAAUAAAAGACGAUCUAAAAAAAUCAGUGGACUCUUGGAUUUCCAGCGGAAAAAAGCGCCCAAGAUUGGCAGCAAUUCUCGUAGGAAACGACCCCGCAAGUGAAGUAUACGUGAGCAGAAAGGUAAAAGCCGCGAGUUCCAUUGGAAUUCUCGCGGAAACAAUUCGCAUGACGGAAAAUGUCAGCCAGAAAGAUUUGAUAAAGAAGAUAAAUGAUUUCAACUUGGACCCUGACGUCGAUGGAGUUUUGGUGCAGCUUCCGCUGCCCAAAGGGUUUGAUGAAAAGGAAGCUUGCCACGCGGUGCUUCCAAAUAAAGAUGUCGACGGGUUCCACUCAGAAAAUCUAGGAAAAUUGAGCACUGACAGCGAAGGGUUUGUUCCUGCGACCGCUUUGGCUGUAAGGGAGCUGAUUCUCAGGUCUGGAGUUAAAACUUUGGGAAAGAACGCGGUUGUUAUUGGGAGAGCGCUGGAUAUGACCACGACGAUCUGCCACAUCCAUACUCCCAGAGAAGAAUUGAUAAAACUGGCCCGUCUCGCAGACGUCCUGGUCUCCGCAACUGGAGUUCCCGGGCUGGUUACCAAGGACAUGAUAAAACCCGGAGCGUGUGUAAUCGACGUGGGGAUCACCCGGGUUGAUACUCCCGACGGAAAAACCAAGAUUGUCGGGGACGUCGACUAUGAGGAGGUGAAAAAAGUCGCCGGAUGUGAGCUAAUCGAAUGGAAAAAAAGCACUCCAAUUCCACGAUCAGAGUUGCUGUCAAUGAUAACAGGGGUCGACGGAGUAUUUUGUUUAUUGACGGACAAAAUAGAUGAGGAAGUAAUUUCUUCAGCGGGUCCGCAGCUGAAAGUAGUGGCGACGAUGUCUGUAGGGCUGGACCACCUGGACCUGAAGAGUUUAAAGGAGAGAAACAUUAAAGUUGGUUACACUCCAGAUGUAUUAACAGACGCAACAGCGGAACUUACGGUAGCGUUGUUGCUGGCAACUUCGCGGAGGAUAAUUGAAGCCGAAAAAGCUUUGAGAGCAGGAGAAUGGACUUCUUGGUCCCCUACCUGGAUGUGCGGACCAGGUCUCGCUGGCUCCACAGUUGGGAUAGUGGGUCUGGGUCGUAUCGGCGCCAGAGUUGCGGAGUAUCUUUACCCGUUCCGUGUAUCAAAAAUUCUCUACUCCAGCCGCAGCGACAAAUCAGCUGCGGCUGCUUUUAAAGGUCAGAGAGUUCCUCUGGACCAACUGCUAGCUGAAAGCGACUUUGUCAUUGUAACAAUCGCCCAGACUCCAGAAACUCGCGGGAUGUUCAACGAAGAAGCUUUCAGUAAGAUGAAAAAAUCCAGCAUUUUUAUCAAUGUCAGCAGGGGAGAAAUUGUCGAUCAAGAUGCGCUGGUAAAAGUUUUGAAGAAUCGAGGGAUUAGAGCCGCUGGGUUGGAUGUCAUGACUCCAGAGCCUAUUCCGUUGGACCAUGAGCUUCUUAAACUUGAUAAUUGCGAUGUAUGUAAACCUCUUAUAACUUUUGAACGGCUUGACCGAUUUGAUCGUGGUUGGUGCUAUUCGAAAGGCCUUGACCAAACU